GCGGCGGCGGGCGGCGGCGGGCGCGCGGUGGCUCCGCAGUUUCUGUCGCCUUCCGGCCUGUGCAGCCCGGGCUCGGCGCCAUGUACGCCGUGUACAAACAGGCGCACCCGCCCACCGGCCUCGAGUUCUCGAUGUACUGCAACUUCUUUAACAACAGCGAGCGCAACCUCGUGGUGGCCGGGACCUCGCAGCUGUACGUGUACCGCCUGAACCGCGACGCCGAGGCCCCGACCAAGAAUGACAGGAGCACAGAGGGGAAGGCCCACCGGGAGCACCGCGAAAAGCUGGAGCUGGUGGCUUCCUUCUCCUUCUUCGGCAACGUCAUGUCCAUGGCCAGCGUGCAGCUGGCAGGCGCCAAGCGGGAUGCCCUGCUCCUGAGCUUCAAGGACGCCAAGCUGUCGGUGGUGGAGUACGACCCGGGCACCCACGACCUGAAGACCCUGUCCCUGCACUACUUUGAGGAGCCUGAGCUGAGGGACGGCUUCGUGCAGAACGUGCACACGCCGCGGGUGCGGGUGGACCCCGACGGGCGCUGCGCGGCCAUGCUCAUCUACGGCACGCGGCUGGUGGUCCUGCCCUUCCGCCGGGAGAGCCUGGCCGAGGAGCACGAGGGGCUCGUGGGAGAAGGGCAGAGGUCCAGCUUCCUGCCCAGCUACAUCAUCGACGUGCGGGCCCUGGACGAGAAGCUGCUCAACAUCGUGGACCUGCAGUUCCUGCACGGCUACUACGAGCCCACCCUGCUCAUCCUGUUCGAGCCCAACCAGACCUGCCAGCUCAGGGUCUCCUCCCGCAGCUACGUGCUGACCCUCAUCACCGACGGCAUGCGCAGCGUCCGGGCCUUCCAUUUUGACAAGGCUGCCGCCAGCGUCCUCACCACCAGCAUGGUCACCAUGGAGCCCGGGUACCUGUUUCUUGGCUCUCGCUUGGGCAACUCCCUGCUCCUCAAAUACACAGAAAAGCUGCAGGAGCCCCCGGCCGGCGCCGUCCGAGAGGCUGCUGACAAGGAAGAGCCGCCCUCGAAGAAGAAGCGCGUGGACGCCAGCGGGGGCUGGUCAGGGGGCAAGUCGGUGCCGCAGGAUGAGGUGGACGAGAUCGAAGUGUACGGCAGCGAGGCCCAGUCCGGCACGCAGCUGGCCACCUACUCCUUUGAGGUGUGUGACAGCAUCCUCAACAUCGGACCCUGUGCCAAUGCUGCCAUGGGCGAGCCUGCCUUCCUCUCUGAAGAGUUUCAGAACAGUCCUGAGCCAGACCUGGAGAUCGUCGUGUGCUCUGGCUACGGGAAGAAUGGGGCGCUGUCGGUCCUGCAGAAGAGCAUCCGGCCCCAGGUGGUAACGACCUUCGAGCUUCCCGGCUGCUACGACAUGUGGACCGUCAUCGCCCCCGUGCGCAAGGAGCAGGAGGAGGCGCCCAAGGGGGAGGGCGCAGAGCCGGAGCCCAGCGCCCCAGAGGCAGAUGACGAGGGGCGGAGGCACGGCUUCCUCAUCCUGAGCCGGGAAGACUCCACCAUGAUCCUGCAGACGGGCCAGGAGAUCAUGGAGCUGGACACCAGCGGCUUCGCCACGCAGGGCCCCACGGUCUUUGCCGGCAACAUCGGGGACAAUCGCUACAUUGUCCAGGUGUCGCCGCUCGGCAUCCGCCUGUUGGAAGGAGUGAACCAGCUGCACUUCAUCCCCGUGGACCUGGGCUCCCCCAUCGUGCAGUGCGCGGUCGCCGACCCCUACGUGGUCAUCAUGAGCGCCGAGGGCCACGUCACCAUGUUCCUGCUCAAGAGCGACUCCUACGGGGGCCGCCACCACCGCCUGGCGCUGCACAAGCCGCCGCUGCACCACCAGUCCAAGGUGAUCGCGCUCUGCGUGUACCGGGACGUCAGCGGCAUGUUCACCACCGAGAGCCGCCUUGGGGGGGCCCGCGACGAGCUGGGGGGCCGCAGCGGCUCGGAGGCGGAGGGCCAGGGCUCGGAGACCAGCCCCACGGUGGAUGACGAGGAGGAGAUGCUGUACGGGGACUCGGGCUCCCUCUUCAGCCCCAGCAAGGAGGAGGCCCGCCGGAGCAGCCAGCCCCCUGCCGACCGGGACCCCGCGCCCUUCCGGGCCGAGCCCACGCACUGGUGCCUGCUGGUGCGGGAGAACGGGACCAUGGAGAUCUACCAGCUUCCCGACUGGCGGCUGGUGUUCCUGGUGAAGAACUUCCCGGUGGGGCAGCGGGUCCUGGUGGACAGCUCCUUCGGCCAGCCCACCACACAGGGCGAGGCCCGCAAGGAGGAGUCCACGCGCCAGGGGGAGCUGCCCCUCGUGAAGGAGGUGCUGCUGGUGGCGCUGGGGAGCCGCCAGCGCAGGCCCUACUUGCUGGUGCAUGUGGACCAGGAGCUGCUCAUUUACGAGGCCUUCCCCCACGACUCGCAGCUCGGCCAGGGCAACCUCAAAGUGCGCUUCAAGAAGGUCCCCCACAACAUCAACUUCCGAGAGAAAAAGCCAAAGCCGUCCAAGAAGAAGACAGAAGGUGGCGGCUCCGAGGAGGGGGUCGGGGCCCGAGGCCGGGUGGCACGGUUCCGCUACUUUGAGGACAUUUACGGCUACUCAGGGGUUUUCAUCUGUGGCCCCUCGCCCCACUGGCUCCUGGUGACCGGCCGGGGGGCCCUGCGGCUGCACCCAAUGGGCAUCGACGGCCCCAUCGACUCCUUUGCGCCCUUCCACAAUGUCAACUGCCCCCGUGGCUUCCUUUACUUCAACAGACAGGGCGAGCUGAGGAUCAGCGUCUUGCCUGCCUACCUGUCCUACGACGCCCCGUGGCCCGUCAGGAAGAUCCCGCUGCGCUGCACCGCCCACUACGUCGCCUACCACGUGGAGUCCAAGGUGUACGCUGUGGCCACCAGCACCAACACGCCGUGCACACGGAUCCCACGCAUGACGGGCGAGGAGAAGGAGUUCGAGACCAUCGACAGAGAUGACCGGUACAUCCACCCUCAGCAGGAGGCCUUCUCCAUCCAGCUCAUCUCGCCCGUCAGCUGGGAGGCCAUCCCCAACGCCAGGAUCGAGCUGGAGGAGUGGGAGCACGUGACCUGCAUGAAGACCGUCUCGCUGCGCAGCGAGGAGACCGUGUCGGGCCUCAAAGGCUACGUGGCGGCCGGGACCUGCCUCAUGCAGGGGGAGGAGGUCACGUGUCGUGGGCGGAUCCUGAUCAUGGACGUGAUCGAGGUGGUGCCGGAGCCCGGCCAGCCCCUGACCAAGAACAAAUUCAAGGUCCUGUACGAGAAGGAGCAGAAGGGGCCCGUGACAGCCCUGUGCCACUGCAACGGCCACCUGGUGUCGGCCAUCGGCCAGAAGAUCUUCCUGUGGAGCCUGCGGGCCAGCGAGCUGACGGGCAUGGCCUUCAUCGACACGCAGCUCUACAUCCACCAGAUGAUCAGCGUCAAGAACUUCAUCCUGGCCGCUGACGUCAUGAAGAGCAUCUCCCUGCUGCGCUACCAGGAGGAGAGCAAGACGCUGAGCCUCGUGUCGCGGGACGCCAAGCCCCUGGAAGUGUACAGCGUGGACUUCAUGGUGGACAACGCCCAGCUGGGCUUCCUGGUGUCCGACCGUGACCGCAAUCUCAUGGUGUACAUGUACCUGCCGGAAGCCAAGGAGAGCUUCGGGGGCAUGCGGCUGCUGCGCCGGGCGGACUUCCACGUGGGCGCCCACGUGAACACCUUCUGGAGGACCCCGUGCCGCGGGGCCACGGACGGGCCCAGCAAGAAGUCGGUCGUGUGGGAGAAUAAGCACAUCACGUGGUUCGCCACCCUGGACGGUGGCAUCGGGCUCCUGCUGCCCAUGCAGGAGAAGACCUACCGGCGGCUGCUGAUGCUGCAGAAUGCGCUGACCACCAUGCUGCCCCACCACGCCGGCCUCAACCCCCGUGCCUUCCGGAUGCUGCAUGUGGACCGGCGCGUCCUGCAGAACGCCGUGCGCAACGUCCUGGACGGAGAGCUGCUCAACCGCUACCUGUACCUGAGCACCAUGGAGCGCGGCGAGCUGGCCAAAAAGAUCGGCACCACGCCCGACAUUAUCCUGGAUGACCUGCUGGAGACGGACCGAGUCACUGCCCACUUCUAGAGCCCUGGAUGCUACCACCUCCCUACCCCUUUUGUAUAAAACACGAGCAAGAACACGAGUUUGCUUUGA